AUGUCCGACACUCCUGAACUAUAUGUUGGUUACAAUGCUUUGGUUUCCUAUUUACGAAAGCAUAAAAACAAGUCGUACUGCAAUUUCCUUAAACUUAAUCGGGAUGUUAUAGUUGUUUCUUUAUCUUCAAGUUUUAACUCUCUGGACCUCGACAAUUCUUGGGUUCGACGGUUCUUGGAAGAAGCAGAAAAGAUGCUGAGUGAAAAAGAAUUUACUGAUCUGAAAAAAAAGGUAAAAUCGGAACGACAACGGAUGACAUCGUACUGGGAAGGAAUUAUUGAGGAAUGUGGAAAGGCGAUUUCUAAAAAAGUUCAUAAUCUAAGAAAAAGAAACAAUGUAGAUUAUAAUGAAACUCGGAUGGCUAAAAAGGUUAUAAUGAAUGUGAGAAGUCAAUCCACUCAGUCUGCCCGAUCUGCAAGUGAAGAAGUGGUCAUCGAUAAUAACGAAGCCGAAUCUGGUCGAGUUGUCGAGAAAGUGAUUUAUGAAUAUGCAAGAGAACUGAAGUAUGAAUCUUACUUACAUUCAUUUAUAAUUAGCGAUAUUGACAAAGAAGCAAGGUCAUUGUUUCGAAAUGAGGAGUGGGAAGAAAUUUUUUCUUCAGCCUGCAAAAUAAUGCCAAAAAUCGACAAAUCAAUCAUUGACCUAAUGAUAAAAUACUCGACAACCGGGAUAUCUCUAUUUCGAGAUAUCAUCUUCGAACCGUUUAUAGGCGCCUCAUAUUCAAAACAAUAUUUUGAUUUGAAUUAUGUCAAUCUCGCAUACCGUGCUAUGCACAUUCUCUGGGAAAAAGAGCACGAUUUUAUACUAGAUCAAUCAAGACUAGAAGGCUGGUACGAACAUAAUAUAUGGAGCCAUCUUAUCGAUCCUGUGUUUCACGAUUUAGAAAUUGAGUUGGUACGUGGAGAGGGCAUGAGUUUAUCUUCCAGUGAUCGAAAGAAUGAUGAAGAUCAGAAUAGUGAAGACCGAAAGAAGAUUGGGAGAAAAGGGGAUGGUAUUUUUAGGAUGGAUAGCUUAAAACUAAGUAGGAUGCUCCGAGACAUGCUAGUUAAGCUUAUAAUGGCAUUAAAAGGAAAUGAACAAGAAAUGAGGCAGUUACAGACCGUUGGAAUUCUACAUAGUGCCAAUCGAUUCCAGCUACUUAUCAUGGACAUUCCCAAGGGUUAUAUCUGUAGGACAAAACGCCUUGACUUUCAUGAAGUAGCUGGCCGAAUAAAUGAUCCACCAUUAGCAUUCGUAAUAAAGGACAUAUUAAGAGCCAAGGCAAUCAUUACACGGACAUUGGAGUUGGUGAAACAAGGAAAGUCACCUAAUCUCGAUAGUCUUUAUGACUCUGAUGAUGAUAAUGUAGUUGAAAGAUCGACGCGAUGCACAACUCCUCCAACGGUUACUAACUUGCCCAAAACUCAUAAAACUCCAACAACAAAGCGCACUAAAGAUGUAAUUAAUGAAAAAGAAAGUAAUAAUCUACGAGAUGAUAUCCCGGGAGUUAUAACCAUUGAGAAUCUCCAAGCUAUUUUUUCAGGGAAUUUAUUCCUAUAUAUAAUUUUUGCUGGAGUAUUCAUCUAUUUAUGCAAACAACAGACCGAGAGAAAUAAUAAUCUUGAUAGGACAAUCCUGGUGCUAAAUAACGAACUCCAAAAAAUGCGUACUGAGAAUGAAUGGAGGAAUGACGCCGUUUCACAAG